UCAGGCAACAAGUUAGACUUUGGAGAGCAUUUGGCCGGCACGGAACCUCUGCCAGCCACUGUCAGUGUCAAUUACAAUGCGGCCGUUCUGGUCCAAUGUCAUUUUCCGAAGCUGACCUCACCAUCCUGGCCCAUGGCAAAAGCCGUGGUGGAGUCGCUUCGUACCGGGCAACCCCCUUUUUAUGGUUGAACAGCCUAUUUGCCAUGUACCGAAAACAACCCGACUUUGCAGCGAGGCAGAGGCGUCUUGGUGGCGUGGAGGCAGCAUAGUAGUGCCGAAGCGGUUCUGGUGGUACGCUAGAUGGCAUGUCGCAACGGUUUCGCGAGCGAGGUGAUGUUUACGAGAAGGGCGACUGGCUGGCAUUGGGUAAGAGUGAGCGGGCCACGGUGGGAGCGUUCUGAAGGGCGCUCCUAUCUCGGAGCAUGUGUCGCAGGCAUUCAACAAAACUCUAACAUGGCGAUGCAAGGCUGCGUUAGGUUUCACAGGCCUCUGGGUUUCUUGCAGCUGUGCGGUCUAGCGCCGCCACCGACUAAGCUAUGGCAGGUAAGUGGCUAUCCACUUGGUGCUUCAUCGAGGCGUGCGAUCUCAUGGCGGACGAUCGCCUGCCU